GAACGGCCCCAGGAGCAGUGAGCACAAAGAUGUCCAGACCUGUCGGAGGUUACGGUGACAUCACAAGUCUAUAUCCAGAGAUACACAGCAUCUGUGAGAAGAUAAAAGCAGAUGUGGAGAAGAAAGCUGAGCAGAAAUUUCCUACCUUCAUUCCCAUAAGUUUUAUGCAAGGAAUUGUUGCUGGAAUAAACUAUAUUAUCAAGAUAUAUGUUGGACUUGCAGGAGAGGAUGAGUGCAUACAUGUGAAAGUUUUCCAAGCUCUGGCGUGUAAUGGAGGGAAACUGACUCUUAAUGGACACCAGUACCCAAAAACUAAAGCAGACAUUUUAAAAUCAUUUUAAGAUGUAAUAGAUUUACAUCCAGCAUAACAGACUCUCUUCUACACACUCCAAUGCUUCACAAGAUUCAUUCUUUCUACAAUAUUGUGAUAUGAUUUACAUGUCAUAAUGUCACAUUGUUGUAACAGUCUUAUCAUUCAUCAAAUGUGUUUUAUUAGGUUUCAUAAUUCAUUUGGAGAUUUGAAAUAAACUACAAAAACUUACCACAACAGCUGGAAAUUACGUAGAGAAUGGAUUGUCUGUUAAAUCAUAAAUAAAGUUUUGAUGGACUUUAAAGUGGA